ACCUACAAAAAAAAAAAACCCCACUUUAUACUUUACUACUACUUCAUUAAACAAAGCAACACUUCAAAUUUGACUAAACAAAAUCAUUGAAUCCACCAGCUUUUAAUUCUCUCUUCCUCCCAAUACAACACAUCAAAUAACUCAGUAACUGCAGAAUUUUAAAAAAAAAGAACCAGUCUGAGCUUCUCUCUCUUUCUCUAUAUCUCUCUCACACACUACUGACUGACAAACUCUUUAAUUGCCCCAUCAGUCUCCUCUUCUUCUAUUCUAAAAACUGUCAUCCCCCUUCUAACAAAAAGUUCCUCUCUUUAGUGGUUUCUUUGCUUUGUGGUGAAGGUGUCACAUUCUUGCAGCACAAUUUACAACUUAACAAAGCACCCCUUUUUCUUCCCUCUAUAUCUCCAAGCAGUGAGAAUGUUUCUCUUUUCUCUUUACCUAUUUCAGUGAAGAUUCUUCUUUAAGCUUUGUGUUUGCUGGAUUUUGUUUCUUUUCUGUUACAUAUGCUAUUUGCAUUUCAUUUCCUCACACCCUCUUGUCAUUUCUUUCUGUUAACAUCUCCUCUUAAUACCCUUUUCAUUUCUUGAUUUUAAUACAACUCAACUGUUGGUUCUUUUUUUUUUUGUUGUUGUUGGUGGAGAUUUUUAUUUGAAAAUGUUACUGCAUAUAUUAACUGUUUUAUCCUUAACUCCAUUUCUUGUGGAGUGUUUAGACCCUGCAUUUAAUGAUGAUGUAAUGGGUUUAAUUGUAUUCAAAGCUGGAUUCACUGACCCUAAAUCAAAGCUUACAUCUUGGACUGAAGAUGAUGCUACUCCUUGUAAUUGGGUUGGUAUAAAAUGUGAUCCUUAUUCCAAUAGAGUUUCUGAGAUUCUGCUUGACAAUUUCUCUCUUUCUGGGCAUAUAGGGAGAAGCCUGUUGAGGUUACAAUUCUUGAGGGUUUUAUCUUUGUCUAACAAUAACUUUACUGGCAAUAUUAAUCCCAUUCUUGCCCAAAUACCAAGUUUGAGGGUUAUUGAUUUGAGUGAUAACAAUUUGUCAGGGUCAAUUCCUGAUGAUUUUUUUAGACAAUGUGGGUCUCUACAAGCUGUUUCCUUUGCCAAGAAUAAUCUCACUGGCCAAAUCCCUGAUUCUUUAACCUCUUGCUCAACACUAGAAAGCGUUAACUUUUCGUCGAACGGGCUUUCAGGCCAAUUACCCUCAGGGUUAUGGUCCCUGAGCUCUCUUCGAUACCUCGAUGUUUCUGAUAAUGUAUUGGAGGGUGAGAUUCCUAAAGCAAUUGAGAGUUUAUAUUCUUUGAGGUCAAUUAAUUUGCAGAAAAACAAGUUCACCGGUUGGCUGCCUGAAAAUAUUGGGAACUGUGUGCAGCUUAAGUCUAUUGAUCUCAGUGAGAAUUUGCUUAGUGGAGGCCUUCCUGAAUCUAUGAGAAGACUUGGUUUAUGUACCACUUUGGAUUUAAGAUCAAAUUCAUUCAAUGGGGAGAUUCCAGAUUGGAUAGCUGAAAUGAAAAGCCUGCAAGUUUUGGAUCUUUCUGCAAAUAAUCUUUCUGGUAGGAUACCGAGCUCUAUGGGAGAUCUUCCAUUGCUAACGAAACUGAAUUUAUCGAAUAAUCAGUUUGUUGGAAGCUUGCCUCGGUCCUUGAUGAAGUGCAUUAACCUUGUAAUCUUGGACAUUGGGCACAACUUCUUGACUGGUAAUCUUCCUUCUUGGACCUUCACAUUGGGACUAAAGAGCAUUUCCCUCUCGGGGAAUAGGUUUACCGGAAGUAUAGAUUAUCCGCCAAUGUCCAUAGCUGCUUCCUAUCAAAGCCUUCAAGUUUUGGAUUUGUCCUCCAAUGCAUUAUCUGGUGAAAUACCGUCUGCCAUUUGGAACAUGAAUAGCUUGCAGGUCAUGAAUAUUUCCCGGAACUUUUUGACCGGUAUUAUCCCAGAAGCUGUAGGUAAACUAAAUGCAACCCGAGUUCUUGAUUUAAGUCACAAUCAACUUAAUGGAAGCAUUCCUCAUGAAAUUGGGAGCGCUGUUUCAUUGCUGGAACUGAAGUUGAGAGAAAAUCAUCUGAGUGGUACAAUUCCUGCGGAUAUAGCAAAUUGCUCCGCUCUAACUUCAUUGGACCUGUCACACAACAACCUCACUGGCCCUAUCCCUCCAGAGAUUGCUAAGUUGACCAUUCUUGAGGUAGUGGAUUUCUCUUUUAACCAAAUUUCCGGGAGCUUGCCUAAAGAACUAACCAACCUUUCCCACCUUAUCACAUUUAAUGUAUCCCACAACCAUCUCAAAGGUGAACUUCCAGUAGGUGGCUUUUUCAACACCAUUUCUCCCUCAUCUGUUGUUGGUAAUCCAUCCCUUUGUGGUUCUGUUCUCAACCACUCUUGCCCUGCGGUCCAUCCCAAGCCUCUAGUACUAAACCCCAAUUCAUCUGACUCGAGUCAUGGUUCUGUUAAUUCGCUUGGUCGUAAGAGAAUCAUGCUCAGUAUAUCAUCUCUCAUUGCCAUCGGAGCGGCAGUUUUCAUAGCUCUUGGAGUAGUGGUUGUCAGUAUUCUCAAUCUACACGUGCGCUCUUCUAUGGCACUCUCUGCUGCAACUUUCACCUUAUCUGGUGGCGAUGACUAUAGCCAUUCACAUGGUACAGAAGCCAACCUCGGCAAACUUGUUAUGUUCUCUGGUGAUGCAGAUUUUGUUGCUGGAACUCAAGCGCUGCUCAACAAGGGUAACGAACUUGGACGUGGUGGUUUCGGAGCCGUUUACAAGACAGAACUUGGAGAUGGACGUUCUGUUGCCAUCAAGAAGCUCAACAUUACGAGUUUGAUCAAGUCACAAGACGAUUUUGAGAGUGAAAUGAAAAGUCUCGGAAGCAUCAGACACCUUAACCUAGUGACACUUGAAGGUUAUUAUUGGACUCCUUCUCUUCAACUUCUGAUUAAUGAAUAUGUAUCUGGUGGAAGCUUGUACAAAUUACUCCAUGAGGAAAGCUCUAAAAGCAGUCUCUCUUGGCAGCAACGAUUCAACAUUAUUCUUGAUACUGCCAAGGGCUUAGCCUAUCUGCACCAGCUGAGCAUUAUUCACUACAAUAUGAAGUCAACUAAUGUCCUCAUAGACAAUGCUUCUGCCAAUGCCAAAGUUGGAGAUUUUGGCUUGGCUCGUUUAUUACCCAUCUUGGAUCGUUACAUCUUGAGCAGCAAGAUUCAGAGUGCACUUGGAUAUAUGGCUCCUGAAUUUGCUUGCCAAACGGUAAAGAUAACUGAGAAAUGUGAUGUCUAUGGAUUUGGUAUCUUGACUCUUGAGGUGGUGACAGGGAAAAGACCCGUGGAGUACAUGGAAGAUGAUGUGCUUGUAUUAUGUGACAUGGUGCGGGGGGCAUUGGAAGAAGGCAGGAUAGAAGAGUGCAUUGACCAACGGCUCCAAGGUCAUUUCCCCGUCGAAGAGGCAAUUCCAGUUGUGAAACUUGGUUUAAUAUGUGCAUCUCAAGUUCCAUCAAAUCGACCAGAUAUGGAAGAAGUGAUCAAAAUCUUGGAGUUAAUCCGAUGUCCAUCAGAAAGUCCAGAGGAGAUAGAGUAAUAUUAUAAGGUGUUUGUGGAAAACAAGAUUAUAGAGAAUGAGUUUUGUGGUGAACAGGAAUUCAGUUAGUUUCUUAGAAGACAGGACAUACAUUUGGAGAAGGUCAUUAUCCUGUUGUUAUUUACCAUAUCCAAAUAUCUAUCUCAUUUGUUAAAUCUUUUAUAUGUUGUUAUUUAAAUAACUGGAUUUCUCUUCACCAGCUCCAGUUUGGGGGCAUUGUCUUUAUGUAGUAUUGAGACAUCCAACUUCUGUCUCUGAC